GUGGUGGAAGGACGUAUGGAGAAGGAAGAGGGAAGAUCCUCCAUGUCUGCACACUCCUUCAGAAGACGAUUUUCCUUGCCUCAUCUUACUGACAUGACAGCGAUCACAUCUGUCAUGUCUUCGGAUGGAAUCCUCAUAAUCAAUGUGCCAGAAGUUGAAGAAGAUGCACGGCAGAAGGCCACCGUCAUUCCCGUCCACGUCGAGAAAACUGAAAAUUCCUCAAGAAUGCAGAACUGGGAAUCUUCUAACACAUCUUCCACUGCGUCUGCCGAGGCCACCUCCGUACAAGGAAAGUCCUUGGAGGUGGAUCAAGAGGAAUGUGAAUGUGCAAGAUGUUCUUUGGAAAAUAGAUGCCAGGCUAAGAACACACAGAUUCCACUCAGCAAUGCAUCUCACUCACGGACUGAGGAAGGAGUUUCUGCCUCAAAACAAAGUUCUUCAGUGUACACAAAAUCGUCUCAGAAUGAAGGUGCAGAAAUUGGCUUAUGGAUCAUGGGACACUUUCCUGCCCAUCACACGAAGAGGAAAUUUCUUCAAGGACUCUUUCUUCUCUGAUAUACAUCAGGACUUCAACUCCGCCAUCAAGGAGGUCCUGGAAAGGUGGAAUGACACCGAUCUGAGGCUGAGAGACCGCUGGGACGGCGCCGAUUUCCUCGACCACUACAGGCAGCUUCGAUCCCGCGACUUGAAGGAGGAGAAUCAGGCUGUCACCGUCGCAUCAGGCAACUCUAGUUAUAAGAUUGUGUUGGAUGUCCAUGACUUCAUGGCUGGAGAUGUGAAGGUGAAGGUGGUGGACGAGAGGGAGUUGUUAGUGGAAGGACGUGUGGAAAAGAAGGAAGAGGGAAGCUCAUCCCUGUCGUCCUAUUCCUUCCGACGACGCUUCACUCUGCCACAGCACACUGACAUGACAGCCAUCACAUCUGUCAUGUCUUCAGACGGUAUCCUGACGAUCACUGCUCCUGCAAAGCAAGGCUCAGCAAGCCAAAAGCAUCCCGGUCACAGUCGAAGGAAAACGGGCUGUUUCUCAGGAAUCCUCCUCCUCUUCCACAAGACAAGUGUUACCAACGAAUCUGUCAAGGAAAGGAAAGAAGAUUGUGAAUGCCUCCACUCUUCCAAGACAAGCGAAGAGAAGACUUCUCAGAAGCCAAAUGGGAUGAAGAUUCCAAUCCAGAUUAUCGGAUCUGUGACAAAGGAGUCUGAAAAGGCUCGAAGCUCCUCUGCAGACACCUACGUAAGCUCUCAAGAGAACGUCAGUCAGACUCAAGUUCAGGAGCAAAAGCAAAGGAAGGCUGAAACCAUAACUUCUAAGGAAUCAAGUGCUGCAACAUCUACCUCCGUUAAUAGAGAAAGGCAGUCUGGUGAGAAGAGGGAAUGCGAGUCUCAGGAGAAAUCGUCCCUUGUGGAAAGUACAAGUUGCCACGAAUCUGGAAGCAAGUUCAUCCCUAUUAGAAGAAGAGGACUUUUCUUUAGCGAUUCUGUGUUUCAAGACACCAGGGAUGACUUCCACAGGGCAAUAAAGGAGGUGCUAAGGAGCUGGGGAGAGGAAUCGUCCAUGUUCGAUGCUCUCACAAGCUACAGAAAUCUUCGUUCUCGAGAUUAGAGAGGAGAACCAGGCUGUCACGUCACUGGAGGACGAAUCUUACCAUAAGUUUGUGCUCGAUGUUCAUGAUUUUAUGAACGGCGGAGAGAUCAGCGUGAAGGCAGUGAACGAUCGAGAGCUGGUGGUCGAAGGUCACUUGGAGAAGAAGGAAGACGGUUCCAAGUCCAGCAAGCGGUUCCUUCGGCGCUUCG